ACAGUUUUUGUUGCCCAACUUUUUUUUUCCCAAUUCCCAAAAUUUUUUAGAGAGAGAGAGAGAACGAAUCACAGGCAUCUCCGUUAGUGAAAGAAGUAAACGUCUCGCAGAUCCAAAUCUCUCUCUCAGAUUUCCUGCUAAGUUUCUAUUCGGAUGUCGAUUAUCCAAUUCGGGCCAUCCGUUUGUUUGUAAGCAAAUCUGGUGGCAAUUUGUGCUUGACUGUUCCCUUUCCAUUCCUUUUCCGUUUGGAUCUGAUCGAGCGUGGGCGGAGCUUCUCUACGAACCCAAUCAUGAAUCCAUUCUCGUCCGUAACGCGUCUAAGGGACAUGAUUCGGGCAAUACGUGCGUGCAAAACUGCAGCAGAGGAACGUGCUGUUGUAAGAAAAGAAUGUGCCACUAUCCGGGCUUCAAUCAAUGAAAAUGAUCAAGAUUAUAGGCAUCGUAAUGUUGCAAAGCUUAUGUUUAUUCACAUGCUUGGCUAUCCAACUCAUUUUGGCCAAAUGGAAUGCUUGAAGUUGAUAGCAUCUGCUGGAUUUCCAGAGAAGCGAAUAGGAUAUCUUGGCCUCAUGUUGCUUCUUGAUGAGAGACAAGAAGUUCUAAUGUUGGUCACAAACUCAUUAAAGCAAGAUCUCAAUCACUCAAACCAGUAUAUUGUGGGACUUGCUCUAUGCGCUCUGGGAAAUAUUUGUUCUACAGAAAUGGCUCAAGAUCUUGCACCAGAAGUAGUACGAUUGCUACAAUUUCGAGAUCCAAAUGUUCGGAAGAAAGCAGCAUUAUGCUCCAUACGGAUCAUAAAGAAAGUUCCAGACCUUUCUGAAAAUUUUGUAAAUCCUGCUGCUGCAUUACUUAAAGAAAAGCAUCACGGAGUUUUAAUAACUGGAGUUCAAUUGUGCACAGAUUUAUGUAAAGUCAGUGCAGAAGCCCUUGAAUAUUUUAGAAAAAAAUGCACAGAGGGUUUGGUCAAAACUCUGAAGGAUGUUGCAAAUAGUCCUUAUUCCCCUGAAUAUGACAUUGCCGGGAUUACGGACCCUUUUCUCCAUAUCAGAUUGCUUAAACUUCUACGUGUGCUUGGCCAAGGGGAUGCAGAUGCUAGUGACCUUAUGAAUGACAUCCUUGCCCAAGUGGCAACGAAAACUGAGUCAAAUAAAAAUGCAGGGAAUGCCAUUUUAUAUGAAUGUGUUGAAACUAUUAUGAGCAUUGAAGAUAAUGGCGGUUUACGUGUUCUUGCUAUUAAUAUCUUAGGAAGAUUCUUGUCAAAUCGUGACAACAAUAUCAGAUAUGUUGCAUUGAACAUGUUGAUGAAGGCUAUCACAGUAGAUGCUCAGGCAGUGCAGAGGCAUCGUGCAACAAUUGUGGAAUGUGUGAAGGAUUCAGAUGCAUCAAUUAGAAAAAGAGCUCUUGAACUUGUUCACCUUCUAGUGAAUGAGAGCAAUGUGAAGCCUUUGACAAAAGAGCUUAUUGAAUAUUUGGAAGUAAGUGAUCAAGAUUUUAAAGGAGAUCUUACUGCCAAAAUUUGCUCCAUUGUUGAAAAGUUUUCCCAGGAAAAAAAUUGGUACAUUGAUCAGAUGCUCAAGGUUCUCUCUGAGGCUGGAAAUUUUGUAAAAGAUGAAGUGUGGCAUGCCCUUAUUGUUGUGAUUAGCAAUGCUUCUGAUCUCCAUGGAUACACAGUCAGGGCAUUAUACAGAGCACUGCAAUUGUCAUCUGAGCAGGAAAGCCUUGUUCGAGUGGCAGUUUGGUGCAUUGGAGAAUAUGGAGACAUGCUUGUCAAUAAUGUUGAGAUGCUUGGCACAGAGGAUCCAAUUACUGUAACAGAGUCUGAUGCUGUUGAUGUGAUAGAGAUUGCUAUUAAGCAUCAUGGAUCAGAUCUUACCACUAAAGCAAUGGCUUUAGUUUCUCUUCUAAAGCUCUCUUCUCGUUUUCCAUCUUGUUCACAGAGGAUCAAGGAUAUAAUAGUUCAAUGUAAAGGAAGCCUCGUUCUUGAGUUGCAGCAGAGAUCCAUUGAAUUCAAUUCUAUUAUUGAGAGGCAUCAGAAUAUUACGUCAACGCUGGUUGAAAGAAUGCCGGUUUUGGAUGAGGCAACUUUCAGUGGAAGGAGGGCUGGUUCUUUGCCAGCGACCAUUUCAACUUCCAGUGCAGCUUCUGUUAAACUUCCGAAUGGAGUUUCUAAGCCUUCUGUUGCUCCUCUUGUAGAUUUACUUGAUCUUACAUCAGAUGAUGCCCCCGCACCUAGCUCUUCAGGUGGUGGUGAUCUUCUUCAUGAUAUUCUUGGCAUCAAUUUGUCACCAGCUUCCUCACAAUUAGGCACAGGGCAGACUCCCAAAAGUGGGACAGAUGUUCUAUUGGAUCUCUUGUCUAUUGGAUCGCCGCCUCCUGUACAAAACAGUUCAUCCACACCUGACAUUCUAUCUUCUGGUCUAGAUAACAAAUCGCCAUUUGCCACAUUAGAUGGGCUCAAAUCUCCUUCACACAUCACACAGGCCACUUCUCCUGCAGGACCAGUACCUGUGAUGGAUCUGUUGGAUGGCUUUGGCCCCAAUCCAUCAGUAUCUGAGAACAAUGGUCCAGCUCAUCCAUCUUUUGCUGCAUUUGAAAGCAGCUCAUUAAAAAUAAUUUUUAAUUUCUCAAAGCCUCCUGGAAACCCACAAACAACAUUGAUCCAGGCCACUUUUACAAAUUUGUCACCCACGGCCUAUACAGAUUUUAUAUUCCAGGCUGCAGUUCCAAAGUUUCUUCAACUGCACUUAGAUCCAGCUAGCAGCAACACUCUACCUGCAAGUGGUAUUGGUACCAUCAAUCAGACCUUGCGAGUCACGAACAGCCAGCAUGGAAAGAAAUCCCUUGUUAUGCGAAUAAGGGUAGCUUACAAGGCAAACAACAAAGAUGUGUUGGAGGAAGGACAAAUCAACAAUUUUCCUCGCGAUUUGUGAGGUUGCUUAUUACAUAAAAAUGUUAUCAUGGUUUAUAAAUCCAUCGGGAAGCAGCUUGUCACUGUUUGUAGCAGUAGUUCAGUUUGAUACUUCAUUUCAAUUUCUUCUAGGUUCCUCAUGGCUUUGCAGCAAUUGGUGAAAGAUUUUGUCUUUGGGAUAUAUCAUAUGGCUUCACACUUUCCUUCAAAACGUCCUCACAUUAAGGGUUGUUUUUUGUACAUUAUAUAUAAACAUCUGUAGCGCUGGGAACUGAAUUUUGCAUUUCUGAGUUACCGAGCGAACGGAACUCGUGUCUGGUUAGAUAUUUGAGGCCCUGUUUUUGCCAGUAAUGUGUGGUUUAUGAAUUCAAAGCCCGUUUUCUUUUCCCCCUCAAAGUUGGAAUUCCUUGGGUUGAACAGUGACAUUGUAUGUUUUAUUUACAUUGAAGAUAUUCAAUUAAUAUAUUUAUUUGGUUCAUUUGCUUACCAUU